AUGACUCAAGCCUUAAUUGGAGUUGUGACUACUGUCACAGCAGUUUCCGUUGUCACUGCUAUCAUUAUCUCUGCCUCGAUUCUCAUCGAUAUAAAUAACUUUUCCGAUGAGAUCUCUCAAGAUUUGACUCAAUUCCGUGGCUAUUAUGAUGAUGCAUGGAGAACGAUGAUGGUCAAUGAAGGAAUGAGAGGACUGACAGCCAGAAAGACCAGACAAGCUGGAUAUGCUACUGGAGCAGGAAAUGAGCAACAGUGCAACUGCGGAGCCCAGGCAUCCGGUUGCCCUGCUGGACCACCAGGAGAACCUGGACAAGAUGGAACACCAGGAGAGCCAGGAACCGAUGGAGAGGAUGGAGGAAAUGGUAUGCCAGGCGUCGCUCAAAUGGCAAUGGAUGUCAACGGAGGAAAGUGUAUCUCUUGCCCAGCUGGAGAGCCAGGACCAGCCGGACCAGAUGGACCAGCUGGACCAGCAGGACCAGCAGGAAAUGCCGGAAAAGAUGGAGAUGCUGGAGCACCAGGAGAGGCUGGACCACCGGGACCACCAGGACCACCAGGACCAAAUGGAAAGGAUGGAGAGGCUGGAAAAGAUGGAGAGAAAGGAGCUGAUGGACAGAAGAGCACCAACUCCCCAGGACCAGCCGGACCAGCUGGACCACCAGGACCAGCUGGAGCUGAUGGAGAAGCUGGAGCAGGAUCAGGACCAGGACCUGCUGGACCUGCUGGACCACCAGGGCCAGCCGGAAAGGAUGGAUCUGCUGGAGAGCCAGGAAAGGAUGGAGAGGCUGGAGCUGAUGGAGCACCAGGAUCUGACGCCGCCUACUGCCCAUGCCCACCAAGAUCCGCUGCUCUUGGAGCUGGAGGAGGUGCCGAACCAGCUGGAGCUGAGAAGGAAGCCGCGCCAGAAGCCGCGCCAGCCGAGGCCGCACCAGCCGAGGGAGCCGGAGGAGGAGCUGAGCCAGCUGGAGCUGAGCCAGCUGGAGCUGAGAAGGCUACUGAGCCAGAAGCUGCUGCUGCUGCUCCAGAAGCCGCUCCAGAAGGAGCCGGAGGAGGAGAAGCACCACCAACCAACGGAAAGGGAGACGAGGCUGCUCCAGCUUAUCCAGAACAUCAGAAUAUCUAUUAA